GAAUCGACCAGUUGCACACGCGAUAGUAGUUCCCUUCACUUUAGUAUAUUAGCUGGCGCUUACUCUCAGGUUGUUAUACGGGCAGAAUAUCUCGUCUGUGUACUAUUUUACAACAUUUAUUUCACUAAUGCCGGGCAGUCAGUAAAGCUUAUUUAAGUCAGGUUACUCAACGGGUGUCUCGGACGGCUCACCAAUGCUUCUGCAUCAGUUUAUGAACGGAGCUCUGGAAGCCAUGCAUCCCACAUCUCUCCAGAAGGACACCACUUUUACUAAAAUCUUCGUCGGCGGACUGCCUUACCACACCACCGACGCCUCGCUGAGAAAAUACUUCGAGGCCUUUGGAGACAUUGACGAGGCUGUGGUGAUAACGGACAGGCAGACAGCCAAAUCCAGAGGAUACGGCUUUGUAACGAUGACAGACCGAGGGGCUGCUGAGAGAGCUUGCAAGGAUCCCAACCCCAUUAUUGACGGCAGGAAAGCCAACGUCAACCUGGCCUACCUUGGUGCGAAGCCUCGCAGUAUACAAACAGGCAUAUCCAUCGGAGUGCAGCCCAUUCACCCAGCAUUUAUCCAGAGGCAGUAUGGGUUGGCCCCACCUUAUGUCUACCCGCAAGCCUAUGUGCAGCCCAGCCUGGUGCUGCCCACCCAGUUGUCCACCUCUGUGAGCACCAGCCCCUACCUGGACUACACCGCGGCCUACACGCAGUACGCCCAGGCCGCCUACGAGCAGCAGUAUCCCUACGCUGCUUCGCCAGCGGGCUUCCUGGGUUACAGCUACGCCACCAGCCCCGCUGCUGCUGCAGGGCCGGCCCCUGCCGCCACCGCGCCGUCCACCGCGCACCCCGCCUUGCCUUCGGCCGCCGGCCCAGCCUUCCUGCACUAUGCGCCGCAGCAGCAAAUCCAGCCCGACCGAAUGCAGUGAGAGGUGGGAGAAGGGGGGACUUGACAGAGCGGCUACCCUGUUUUCAGGGACUUUUCAGGAAAAGGAUUGGGACUAAUGCACUAUACGCUAUAUAUCAGGACAUCCUCGUAGCCCAUUGGGUAAAGAGUGACCGGGUGGGUGGGGGGUUUACAGAUAGGCAGAAUGAGAAGCUUUAAUGUACACAAUUGCUUCCAAGGGCUUCUAGAAGCUAACUCUUCAUUUAUUAUUAUUGUUAUUAUUAUUAUCAUUCGUAUUGUCCUUUGUUAUGUCAUUGUUUAUUCGUAUGCCAUCGUUAAGAUGAUGAAGCCUCUUGGCUCAGUGAGUUGAAUGACGCGUCUGUGGUACAUAUUGCUUUGAGAGCAUUCGGGGACAUAUUACACGCUCCAAAGUAUCUCAGCUGGAUGCGAGGGUGACCGCUGCCCUCGGACACUGUGGAAGGGGGGGGUGACGGUGUGAUGACUGCGACUGCGGAAGCCCACACAGUCAUCAAAGCACUGUGCCGCAAUGAUCAAACUUCCAGCGUUCAAUAUGGAGGACACAAGGUUUCACCUCCCUCCCCCAAAAAGGAAAAGACUAAACAUGCAAGACUAAGAGCUGCAUUGUAUUCUGUCUGGACAAUAUCAGGAAAAGAUUUUAUUCUUUUUAUUUGAAGGAGGCCUUAUUAAAUAAAAGAAAAAAAGUACAGUACGCCUUUUUGUAAUUUCCUGAUUCUCAAGAGUUCCUAAGUGCAGACUUUUGAAGUGCUCUGUUUUCAGCAGUCGGUCAUUAACUUGACUUGUGAGGUGGACUGAGAUGAUAACAUGCAGUUUGUGGCCGUUUUGGACCAAACGCGCUGUGUAUCUGUAAUAGAUGGUCUCCUCUGUCUCACACUGUCACCAAUUGUCCAAGCACUGCAUUAAAGAUAUUUUCAGUCCUCAAGUACAUUUACAAUAUUUAUAUCUAGGUAUUUAUAAGAGGUACUAAGUUAAAUAGUGUUUUUUCUUUUCUUUUCUUUUUGUACUAUGACUGUAGUUGUAGCACUGAUGCCAAUUAACCUGCAGACGCAUACCUGCACAUCUUUGGGUAUUGUUUUGUCGCCAUGUCAGUGCAUUUGUGAGUGCUGCCACAGAUGAAGAUGCCUGUUUGUACAUCACUUUCUGAUUGCAUCAGCAAAUGACUUUUAUAGUCCCUUUAAGAAAAGCCAUACAACAAUUGAGAAUAAAGAAUUUGUACUUACAAAAGCCUC